AUGUCGACCGUGCAAGUAGAGAAAUGGGAUGGCGUGCCCCUGGCUCCCCCCGACCCCAUCUACAAACUGACCUAUGCCUAUAAGGAUGAUACGUUCCCUCAGAAGGUCAAUCUCGGUGUUGGAGCAUACAGGGAUGAUAACAGCAAGCCGUGGGUGCUGCCCGUCGUGAAGAAGGCGACGGACAUUCUUUUGAAUGACCCCGCGCUCGACCACGAGUACCUGCCUAUCACUGGACUUCCCGAGUUCACGAACGCCGCCGCGCGUCUCAUCCUGGGACCCGACUCACCCGCGCUACUCGAGGGACGCGUGUCGAGUGUACAGACCAUCUCCGGCACAGGCGCGAACCACGUCGGCGCCUUGUUCCUGAGCCGAUUCUACCAGUGGGAUGAGGGCACGCCCCGCGUGGCGUAUCUGAGUGAUCCGACCUGGGUCAAUCAUUUCCAGAUCCUCCGCGGUGUAGGCAUUCCGCCGGAGACAUACCCCUACUACGACCCUGCGACUAUUGGCCUCGCAUUCGACAAAUACCUUGCCUUCCUCAAGGCGGCAGCCCCACGCUCUGUGUUCGUCAUCCACGCCUGCGCACACAAUCCCACGGGUGUGGACCCGACGCGAGAGCAGUGGCUGCAGAUUGCGGAUGUCGUUCUGGAGCGCGGCCACUACGUGUUCUUCGACUCGGCAUACCAAGGCUUCGCCAGCGGUGACCUUGAUGCAGAUGCCUGGGCUGUGCGGGAGUUCGUGAAACGCGGAGUGCCGCUGUUGAUCUGCCAGAGCUUUGCCAAGAAUGCCGGUCUGUAUGGCGAGCGCGUCGGUGCGCUGCACAUAGUGUCGCCGUCGUCGGAGGCUGCGGUCCGAGUCAAGAGCCAGCUCGCAAUUCUGACCCGUAGCGAGAUCAGUAGCCCGCCUGCAUAUGGCGCCCGAGUGAUGGCGCUCAUCAUGAACAAUGCCGAGCUCUUUGAGGAAUGGAAGCGCGACAUCAAGACGAUGGCGGAGCGCAUUAUUACGAUGCGGAAGGAGCUCCACCGCCUGCUGACAGAGGACCUCAAGACGCCUGGCAAUUGGGACCACAUCGUGAAGCAGAUUGGAAUGUUCAGCUUUACCGGGAUCACGACCGAGCAGAGCCUCGCGCUGACGGAGAAGGCACACGUAUAUCUGACGACGAACGGGCGGAUCUCGAUGGCGGGCCUCAACAGCCACAACGUGCGGUACUUUGCAGAGUGUCUGGACAGGGUGGUGCGGGGACAGUUGUAG